GGUCAUAAUUUAACUUCCUAGGGUACCAUUGGCAGGAAAGCCCAUCUAACAUCUUUCCUCAUCGUCCAUGUGUGACUGGGAUAUUCUAUUGUGUGCAAAAUAUUUAAAUAAACACCGUUUAAAGAUAAUUACUAUUGUGACAGAUUUUUAUUGAGUGUAUUGAGUGCUCCAGAGCAUGACGGCUCUUGUGUGUAAUCCUGAAUUUCACCAGGUUGUGUAUCCUCCUGGUGCUGAGCCAUCCUCUCCAUGACCCGCCCAACCGUCGCUGCUGUUCCCCGAGUCCGGUCAGGUGUUCGCCGUUCACAGACGUAAACUUGGCAUUUUGAAAACUGACAGGAUUUCUUGACGGGACAAAACACAAUCGAGGCUAUGCUCAGACGGAUACUGCAAAUGACUCCUGGGAAGGGAGGGUCCCAGAAUGCAGAGUCAGAGCAGCCCAGCACCGACCUUAACCACGAUCAGACAUCUGAGGGCUUCAUCUGUCCUCAGUGCAUGAAGUCUCACAACUCUGCAGAGGAGCUGUUCAAGCACUAUGAGCUGUUCCAUGAUACCGGAGAGCUCCCUGCUCACGUGGCCCCCACUAGGGAAGACCUCACAAUGCUGCGGCAGGAGGUCCAGGACCUGCACGCUUCUCUCAAGGAGGAAAGAUGGUUCUCUGGGGAGCUAAAAAAAGAGUUAGACAAAGUCCAAGGACACCUGAAGCAGAACGAUGGGCAGAUGAGCGCAGAUGACUCAGUACUUGAAAGGAAGCUGAAUGAAGCUGAGACAGAGAAGUUCAACAUCAAACAGAUGAAAGACCUGUUUGAGCAGAAGGCUGCCCAGCUGGCCACAGAGAUAGUAGAUUUGAAGUCCCGUUACGAUGAGGAGAAAAGCCUCCGGGAGGCUGCUGACCAGAGAUUAGCAAAGUUGAACGAACAACUGCAGGAAGCGAAGGAGGAGAACGAGCGACUCCAAACAGAGCUGCUGCAGCGACCGGGCGUUGAGGAUGUCGAGGUUCUGCAGAAGGAGCUGGUCCAGGUGCAAACGCUGAUGGACAACAUGACCCGUGAGAGGGAGGAAGAGUCAGAGCGCCUCAAAAACCAUUACGAGCAACUGCAGGCUAAUUAUACUACCUCAGAGACGACCAUUUCCCAACUGAAGGCAGAGCUGGAGAAGGGUCCUCAGGAAGCAGCCGUCUACACGCAACAGAUCCAUGAGUUGCAGAGCAAUUUGAAUAACUUGCAGCAGCAAAGUCAGAGCCUGUCUGAAAAGCUUGCACGCAAGGAGAAGGAGUAUCAAGAUCUGGACGAGCAUCUAGGAGCUGAGAAAGCUUCCAAGAAGGAAGUCCAAGAAAGCCUGAGGGAAAGGGAAUUAGAAGUGCAAGAGCUGCAGGCUCGGGCCACAGGGGCUGAGGCGUCCCUGCACAAAGCCCAGACGGAGGUCACAGAGAGGGCUGAGGAGGUGGCAAAGUUGAAGAGUGAGAUUGCAGAGCUAGAGGUGAAGCAUGCGGAGCUAAAGGUUGAGAGGAAACAGCUGGAACAGCAGCGGGAAGAAAAGGAAAACCAAGGUGCUCAGCAGCAGACUGAGAUCAGUCAGCUGCAUGCCAAACUGUUGGAGGCAGAGAGGCAGCUGGGUGAGGUGCAAGGUCGAUUGAAAGAGCAGAGGCAGCUGUCGGGGGAGAAACUCAAGGACCGUGAGCAGCAAGCAGCCGACCUGCAGCUCAAACUCUCCCGUGCAGAGGAACAGCUGAAGGAGAGUGCCAGUAAGAGCACAGACCUGCAGCACCAGGUGGAGAAAGCCAAGCAGCAGCACCAGGAGCUGCAGGCACUGCAGCAAAACACCAACGGCAAACUCCGUGAGGCGCAGAAUGACCUGGAGCAGGUGUUGCGUCAGAUCGGAGAUAAAGACCAGAAGAUACAGAACCUGGAAGCUUUGCUUCAGAAGAGUAAAGACACAGUGAGCCAGCUGGAAGCUGAGAGAGAGGACCUGUGUGCCAAAAUCCAGGCUGGGGAAGGAGAGACAGCUGUCCUUAACCAGCUUAAAGAGAAAAACCAUGCACUACAAGAACAAGUAACACAGUUGACAGACAAGCUCAAGAACCAAUCAGAGAGCAACAAGCAAGCACAAGAUAAUCUACACAAGCAGGUCCAGGAGCAGAAGACUCUGCUCCGCUCGGCCCAGGACCGAGCUCAUACCCUGGAGACUUCAGUCACUGAACUCACCACCCAGCUCACGGAGAGCAAGGAGAAAGUGGCCCAGUUGGAUACUCAGCUGAAGGCAAAGACAGAGCUGUUGCUCUCUGCAGAGGCAGCUAAGGCUGCACAGAAAGCAAACCUAGAGAACAGCCUGGAGUCUGCCCAACAUGCACUACAGGACAAGCAGCAGGAGCUGAAUAAGGUUCAGAAGAACCUGGAGGAUCAUGCCCAAAGGCUCAAAGAGAGACAAGAGCAGUGCACACAGCUGGAAAGCAGUCUGAAGGAAUGCAAAGAUAAGUUACUGGCCUCAGAGCAGCGGAUAGAGCAGCUGGAGGGACUCUGCAAGAAAUUGGAGUCACAGGUAGGGGAGAUGCAGGCUGCACGGGAUCAGGUGCAGCAGGAACUGCAGCAGCUGCAGAAGGAAAGUUCGGAAGUUAAAAAGAAAGCCAAGGAGCUACAACGCUCACUGGAAACUGAGAAAGCAGGGGCUACAAGUCUGCAGGAGGAAUUAAAGAAAAAGGCAGGUACCUUGAGUGAUGUCCAGCAGAAGCUAGCACAGUCCGAGCAGGAGAUUACUACUUUGAAGGCAAACCUGGAAAAGGUGACCCAGGAGGGAAAGUCUCAACAUGCAGAGCUGGAUAAAAAAGCUCAGAGUCUGGCAGCAGAGUUACAAAAGGCCCAAGAGGAAAAAAAGGCUCAACAAAAGGAGCUUGCAGCUACUCAGGAGAGUCUCGGAAAGGCUAACAAAGCACUGAAAGAGAGUCAGAGUCAACUGGACACUGAGAGGAAGAACCAUAAAUCAGCUAUAGAGGAGAAGGAUAAGUCUAAUGAAAAAGCAAGACAGGAGCUUCUGAAAAAUAAUGAGUCCAUCACAAAGGCAAUGAAGGAAUCCAAAGAACAGCUGGAGCAGAUGAGAGAGGCAGAGAAACAGCUAAAAGUGCAGCUGACCUCAUUAGAACAACAGCACACAAAGACUCAGGAGACACUGAGGGAAAAGGAGAACGAGCUGGAAAAGCUGCGGAUGCAACUGAAGACGACCCGAGGAUCUUUGGAAGAAGAGAUUAAGAAACUGAAUGGCCAAGUGACAGAGCUUAAGGAAGCUGGUGUCAAGAAAGCACAAGAAGAAAAUAAGCUGAAGGCACAGGUGUCGGGGCUCGGCCAGGAGCUGACCUCUGAGAAGAGCCGGACAGCAGAGCUGCAGAAGGCCUUGGAGCAAAGCAAGGAACACAUCAAUAAACUUCAAUCUGACGUGUACGGAAAAGACUCUGAGGUUUCUGCCCUCCGUCAAGAUCUCAAGGCAUCAGAGCAGAAACUGAGCAUGGGUCAGGAGGAGCUGGCUGCUAAUCGAACCCAUCAGUCAGGCUUAGAGUCCCAGAUCCAGGACUUGAAAUCAGGCCGGAGCUCGCUGGAGCAGGAGGUCGCCAAACGGGACGAGAAGCUCCAACAGCAGGAGCAAACCCUGAAGGAGCUACAGAAGCAAAAGGGUCAAGUUAAGGAGGAGCUGGACAAGGAGAAGAGCAAUGUGGAGGAGCUGAACAAAGCAAAGAGUAUCCUGGAGAAGAACAACAGCAGACUGACUUCAGAGUUAAAAACACUAAUGGAGAAGAGCGAGAAGGAGCUCGGCGAAUUGCAGGAAGCCAAACAGCUGUUGAUCCAGCAGAAACUUGAGCUGCAGGCUCAGGUGGAGGCAACACAGGGUGCUCUCAAGCAGGAGCAGAAGGAGCACCAGACCACCAAGGACAGCAGGAGUGAGAGGGAGGAGCAGCUCCUAGCCCAAAUCAGGGACGCUCAGGAUCAGCUGGCAGCAGAGAAGAAGAGAUGGGAAGAGCAGGUGAAACGUGGGGAGGAGACAGAAGCUAAGAUGGGUUUGCAGGUGACAGCCCUGAAUGAAAACGUAGCCACGUUGAAGAGGGAAUGGCAGGGCAGCCAGCGGAGAGUCGGCGAACUCGAGAAACAGACGGAUGAGCUGAGAGGAGAAAUCGCUGUGCUGGAGGCCACCGUGCAGAACAACCAGGAUGAGCGACGGGCUCUUUUGGAAAGGUGCGUGAAGGGUGAAGGUGAGAUCGAGAAGCUCCAGGCCAAAGUGGUGGAGCUCAGGAGGAAACUGGAUGACACGACGGCUGCCAUGCAGGAGCUCGGCAGAGAGAACCAGUCGCUUCAGAUCAAGCAGUCACAAAGUCUGACCAGAAAGUGGGCUGAGGAUCACGAAGUGCAGAACUGCAUGGCCUGUGGGAAAGGCUUCACCGUCACAGUCAGGAAGCACCACUGCAGACAUUGUGGAAACAUCUUCUGUGCCGAGUGUUCGUCAAGGAACGCCCUCACUCCGUCCUCUAAAAAGCCAGUGCGCGUGUGUGAGACGUGCUUCGAGGAGCUCCAAGGCUGAUUUUCUUUUCUGUUUCCCCCCUCUCAUUUCUUUAACCCCACUUACCCGCCCACUCCUACCUCCCCCCAUCCCUACCCUACCCUUCCCUUCAUCCCUACCCUACCCUUUCUAUUCCAAUGGGCAGAAGAAGGCAUGUCUUUGUCAUUUUUAAUGUGCACUAUAAAGGACAGACCCUGUGCAAAGACUCCCACCUGAAUGUGACCUCUGACUCUGGUGUGGAGGGAAACAAGGAAAGGGAUUUUCGCUGAGGAGACACCGGAGCCGUGCGAUGGGUCGGGGUAGGACUGGUUGGGAUUGUCUGUAUCUGUUUUUGUGCCUUUGCUACUCCUGUGGACUGCCAGAGAGCGGAGACAGUGAAAAUCAAAACACCUACCAUUUCUUUUAAGUUCGUAUCCCACUAGUAGUUAUAAGGCAUACGUUGUGAAAUGUUUGGCAUAUUUGUUAAGACACUGCAAAAGUGAGUAUUGUAAAAGUGAUGUUGUAAUCUGCCCUGCAAAGGUAAAUGCAGUUAAUUAGUAUUUUCUUUUUAUCGCUACAAAGCUCUGCAGCAGGCCCAUCACAAAGAUAUGUGAGUUCUAAUUUUUGUUGCAAGAAAACUCUUAAAAACUUAAGCGAUCUUGCAUUUUUUUUAUACAUCACCUCUCAAAGUGUAAAAACAGACAUGUACACAAUUAGUUGCUGGCAAAACGAGGCUGUGAAACCCUGUUGGGUUCAGGAUUUCAGCAAUCUAUAAAAAAAGUUGUCUGUAACACUGUGCAGUGGAAAUGAUUAAACAUCCUUCUAGGGAUUUUUAAUCUUAAAACACAGAAAAACCCUCCGUCAAAAGACUCGUGCACCAGCGUGUUUCUGUACAGACCUUCAGAUCAGUUACUGUGUGUUUCCUUUGUGCGGCAGAGCGUUUGUGAGUCCGUUGGAUUUAAUGUAUUCAUGACCAAAGAAUGUGUGCAGCAGGAAUACAGCCGAGGUCUAAGCCCUGACUUUGUUUCAUAUAUCAGUAUUUUUUGACGUGUCGUCAAUUUUAAGUCACAGGGUUGCAUAUUUUUAUCUUGAAAACGACAUAUGUGGCGAUCUGAGAGGCUUUUUUUUUUUAUGUGAAAUCGUGUUUUUGUUUUGUUGUUUCCUGUGCCACAUUUCUCUUAACGUGUUAUUUUCUUCAAAUCGUGGUGCUUUCUGCAGACUUAAAGGUGCCUGCAUGUUAAUUUUUUUUGUUCCUUGCUGCUUGUCUCCACUCAGCAGCACUGACCUACUGGCUGGAGUUGUGUGUUUUUGUAUGCGUGUUCUGCUUUCAAGCAAUAACCGUGGAGGCGUGUGUGUGUGAAGUUGCUGUAACAGAGUGUGUAUUUUAGUGUUAGGCCUGCUGUGUAUGCUGAAAUGCACUGUAUGAAUGUCGGCUGCUCAGAAUCUCAGCUUCUCUCCGGCUUGUUGCUCGGGGGGCUUCGGUGCUGCUUUCAGGAGCAGCGGUUGCUGACGGCUCUCUGUCCAAUGUGCCUGCUGCUGAGAACAAUGUCAACGUUGAUUCCUGCUUUGUUUAAUUUAUAACUGUUGAUCGCUCCUGGUAAGAUCUCUUGUGCAGUUGUCAGUAGGCUGGAGAAGGUCACGAUGUAACAAGCAGCUUGCUUCAGACUUACUACGUUAGCUCUUAUGCUUGUAUCCUCAUUACAAAAGAAUGUCUGUCUCAGUUGCCAUCUUUUGAAAACACCAGUCUUUUUGCUUCACAGUGGUUUUGUUAUGUCUACCUCAGAUUGGCCCAGGAAAAGCACUAUUUCUAAAUGAUAGACAUCACAAAUGUUGUAUCUCUGCCUGCAUUCGAUGAGGGAUUUUGUGACUGAUCUAUUAUAGUGUACAGACCCGAAACUCUACAGAGAUGAUUUGCACCUUAUCGUAUUCUGGGCUUGUUCGUAUGAGAGCUCAGCUACAAACGUAGGACCACCGACUUUAUACAGGCUUCGGCAUUUCUAGCACCGCUGUACUCAACUGCUCAUUAAUACUAAGGCUGUCAUCUUUGUAAAUGUUUGUAAUGAAAGAGAAAAAUAAAAUCUAUAUAACACUCGUGGGUGUAGAAACAUGAUGACAGUGAAACUGUGUGCGGAUUCAUCGGUGUCUUACUCAUUUUUACCAAACGGCACCACAGACGUGAAGACACUGAAUUGUGGCUUGCUUUGUGUUGCUCUCACUUAUCAUGCAUGAUGACUCUACUGGCCUGUGGCUCACAUGUUUCUCCAUUGUUUAGUCAUCAUCUUUGGCGGUUAUGAAAGUGUGUUUUGACGCAAACAUCCUGCAUGUCACCGCUCGCCUUUAGCAGCGUCGACGUGACUUUGGCUCACUGGAGCUGGAUGAGGGAAGUGAUUUAUGUUCACAUGCACCGGAUGAUUUUUCUAAUUGUCAUGGCAAACGUAAAAUAAAACCUGCAGUAUGUUUGUA